AUGGAUCUCUUCAGUUGCGGGUGCAUUAAGGCACUGAACAGCCACGUGCAAGCCCUCAUAGGGGCUUGCCCGUUCGUCCAGCUCGCAGCGACGACGCUCGGCCUCGCUCUCCUCUGCUGUGUGUCGCUGGCGCUUAUGCGCCGAGGCUUCAAGAUCCUGUUCACCCGGAAAUUCCAACUCGACAAAUUCGGCGAGUGGGCUGUGGUAACCGGUGCCACAGACGGCAUCGGCAAGGCGAUGGCAAUCCAGAUGGCCAAGAAGGGCAUGAAAAUUUUCCUCAUUUCGAGAAACGAGGAGCGUCUCCGACAGACGGAACAGGACCUUCAAGCGGCUGUCCCUGCCUUGAGAGGAGUGAAGAGUUUCGCAGUGGAUUUCUCUGAGGGCUCGACAGAAAGUCUCUUCCAGAAAUUGGAUGCGGCACUGAAGAACCUCGACGUGGGAAUUCUCGUCAACAACGUCGGCGUCAGUUAUCCGCAUGCAAUGUUUUACGACGAGCUAGAUCUGGAGACUCUCGAUCAGCUUAUCAAUGUCAAUGUCAGGUCUACACUGGUGACGACCCGGGUGCUGUACCCAGGCAUGGUCAGUCGCAGACGGGGCGCCAUCAUUUGUGUGGGGAGUGGAGCUUCGGAGAUCGCUAGCGAUCCUCUCUAUUGCGCCUACUCGGCAACAAAAGGUGCGGCAGAGGCUUUCUGCCGUUCUCUCCAGCCGGAAUGUGCUAGCAAAAACAUUUUGGUUCAGUGCCAUGUGCCGCUCUUGGUCACGACGAAACUGUCCAAAAUGCGCAAGACGAACCUGAUGACCCCCAGCACCGAGAAAUACGCGAAAGCCGCUGUGGCAGCCAUUGAGAACGGGAGCCUGCGUGGCCCGACAACCAUUUCCCCUUACUGCGUCCAUCGCUGCAUUAUUUGGCUGUCCAACGCCGUUCCUCGGAGGAUCUGGGAGGCCGCCUACCUGCCUCGGUGUCUGUCUAUUCGCAAACGCGCGCUGAAAAAGAAGGAACAGCAAGCGGAGGCUAAGAAGGACAUGUAA